UCUUCCUCCAACACCCCCUUGCUGCUGUUUUGUUCUUUUCAGAAAUCAUAACUGUUUUCUUUCGGCACGUUUGUACCUUUUAUCAAAGACAAGAUUAGUGAUCUGGUGUUUCAAAGAACAAACAUAUGUUUUGAUGAGGGUUUUGCUGUGGUCGCUGAGAUUGGAGAACACGCCUGGAGUGUCUUCUUCCAGUACUACUACUGUUGUUGAUGAUGAUCAUUAUGUUGAUGCACAUGUAGAAGAUGUUGAUGGUUUGUUGAAUGAGGUUAGAGAAGAAGAUUGUGCUAUAGAGAAGGGCGAAGAUUGUACCCUUGAGGAGAAACAAGAAGAAACUCAUGGGGAAAUCAUCCUGAAAAGCAGUUUCAAGAAGGAGGCUUUAGACUCAGCAGUUGGUGAGAGAAUGGAGGAGGAGAAGAAGAAGGUACAGUGGGUGGAUUUGAUGGGGAAAGAACUUGCUGAGAUCCGUGAAUUCGAGUGUAGAGAAGAAGAUGAUAUCAGAUAUGAUGGCGACAGAAGCUGUGUUUGCAUAAUUCUGUGAUCAGUUGAGUUUAGUUUUUUGCAGCUCGCUCGAGAUUCAGCCCUGUUCCUCUUGUGGCUUUGGCGUUGGGAAAAGGUAUAGAUUAAGGUAGUACAUAUGGUAGAAUUUGCAGUUGUUUUCAUCAGCCAAUCUACAAUUACUUGCUUGAGGUUGUAUGAUGAUUCCAUAUAUAACUUGAUAGCAUUUGGUUACGGUUUUAGAAUUGUAAAAAAGAAUAUGUUUCUACUACA